AUGACUUUUGAUGCUGGAUGUUUUGUUUGCUUACAACUUUUGAAGCCUAUUAAUAUUUUGGCGAUGCCAUGUGGUCAUGUCAUGUGUGAGGAGUGCUAUCAAAGAAUGUAUAAAGAAAGAAGUGAUGAAAAAAUAUGCGGUAAAUGUAGAGUUCCAUUUACAUAUGUUACAAAAUUAUAUUUUGAUCAUAGUACAGAAAUUGUUAUUGAGGGUGGUAUAAAAAAUGAUAUAAAAAAUGAAGAAGAAAUAAUUAAGAAAGACUCUGAAAUAAGACAAUUAAGUAAAGUGAUACAAGAAAGUAAAAUAGAAAUAAAUGCUUUAAAAAGUAGAAUAGAAGAAUUAGAAAAAGAAAAAGAAAUAUUUUUGGAUAUUGAGGAACAAUUUGGUGCAUAUAUUAAUUCAAUUGAUUUACCAGAAGAAGAAAGAAUAUCAUUACUAAGAGAAUUAAUAGUAGCAAUUAAAUUAUUAAAAAUAAAUUCAUUAAAAAAUAUAAUAAUGAAGAAUAUUAAGCUUCUUAAUAAUGAUUUUUGA